UCUUUUUUUAAUUUUUCUUUUCGGUAACAAAAAUAGAUGAGAAUUGCAUUUGAUAAAAUCGAUUUAUUUUUUUGUUUUCGGAAUAAAUCAAUUUUUUUAUGCGAGAAAACAAAAAAAAAUCAAAAAUUUUCUGCUUCUGUUUCAAGCACAAAAAGAGAAUCAGUUUUGUCUGAGACUCUCACCACUCGGUACCCGCUCACACCCCAUCACUGCUUUCAACCAUAUACGAUUCGAAUAUUCAGAGUGAGGUCGCUUUAGCUGGUAGUCUGGGCCAUCAUAUUAUCGUGCGAUUCGGUUCUGUUUCUGUUCUGCCAUAUUCUUUAAUCUUCUAAACUCCAAGGUUCUCAAAUGGUUGAAAUUUACUGUGCCCAAUCGUCUUCAAUAAAAGUUAUUCUUAACAAAGCUAGGUGAACUAUGCUGGCGCUUCCCAGUGGAAACCUCGUGCUUCUCCAUAGCAGAACAUUAAUUUCCUCGAUACAUAGAGGAAUCACAAGGCAAAUGGGUUCCACACGAACCCUCUGUUCGCACCAUGAGGACCCAGAAAUGAAAGACUUACUGAACUACAUUGAUUCCCUCAAAAAUUAUGAGAAAUCAGGAGUGCCCAGAGGGGCAGGCACCGAUUCUCAAGAGGGGUUCGAUCUUGGUAGAAUGAAACGCCUGAUGGAGCGUUUUGGUAAUCCUCACUCCAAAUUCAAGGCUGUUCAUAUUGCUGGGACAAAGGGAAAGGGAUCAACAGCAGCUUUUAUAUCUAAUAUUCUGAGGGCAGAAGGUUAUUCUGUUGGUUGUUAUACUAGUCCACAUAUCCGGACUAUCAGGGAACGCAUUUUACUAGGAAGAUUUGGGGAUCCUGUCUCGGCGAAAUUGUUGAACAAUCUUUUUCAUAGGAUCAAGCAGGAUCUUGACCAAGCAAUGAAAGAGGAAAAUGGUUGCAUAAGCCAUUUUGAGGUUUUCACUACGAUGGCAUUCAUCCUAUUUGCUGAUGAGAACAUUGACAUUGCUGUUAUUGAGGCUGGGUUAGGGGGCGCACGAGAUGCAACAAAUAUUAUCUCCAGCUCUGGACUUGCUGCAUCAGUCAUAACCACUGUAGGUGAAGAACAUUUGGCAGCUCUUGGGGGUUCUUUGGAAACUAUUGCAAUGGCAAAGGCAGGAAUCAUAAAACAAGGCCGCCCAUUGGUGUUGGGUGGGCCAUUUCUCCCUCAUAUUGAGCACAUCAUUCGAGAUAAAGCAGUAACCAUGGAUUCACCUGUAGUGUCAGCAUGUGAUACAGGGAAUAAAUGUACUGUAAAAAGUUUCAGCAUACGCAAUGGCAGGCCUUGUCAAAUUUGUGAUAUUGUGAUACAAGUUGUGGAAGAUUUGAAACUGUCCUGUAAGUUACUUGAUGUGAAGCUGCAAAUGCCUGGUGGUCACCAACUUCAAAAUGCAGCAACUGCUACUUGUUUGGCACUCUGUCUUCGUAAUUUAGGAUGGAGAAUUUCUGAUGAAUCUAUUAGGUCUGGUUUAGAGCAUACAUAUCUCCUUGGAAGGAGUCAAUUUCUAACAUCUGAAGAAGCUGAGGUAUUAGGACUUACUGGAGCAACAAUAUUACUGGAUGGAGCCCACACCAAAGAAUCUGCCAAAGCACUGAUGAAUACAAUAAUGAUGGCAUUUCCCAAGGCUCGAUUGACUUUUGUUGUUGCAAUGGCAAGUGACAAAGACCAUGUGGGUUUUGCUAGAGAGAUUCUGUCAGGGCUGCAUGUGGAGACUGUUCUUUUGACUGAAGCUGCUAUUGCUGGAGGUGUAACUCGAACAACUCCAGCUUCUUUGUUGAGAGAUUCUUGGAUUAAAGCUUCUGAAGAGCUUGGUGUUGGGAUUAUUCACGAUGGAAUGGCAGAAUACAGUGAAUUAUUAAAGGAUCAGCCAGUAAGCUCUGCAAGCAAUUUGGGUGAUGGUAAGACCAUACUGGCUACUGAGUCGUCUUUGAAGAGUUGUUUGAGAACUGCUAAUAAUAUUCUCAUCAGAAGAGGGAAUGACAAGGGUAUUAUUGUCAUCACUGGAUCUCUGCAUAUUAUAUCCUCAGUCUUAGCUUCUCUCGAUGGUUAAUGACUUUUUAUUAUGAAGCUACUCAAACCGAAUUUCUCAGCAAUUACAAACUAAAAAGCGAAGGCCAAGUAGAAUCCUGAAUGGCUUUAUAUCUGCAUUCCACAGCACUGUUUCUAGGCUUCAUUGAAUAAGUUAUAAUCACUGUGCAACAGUUUUCUAGGACUGGAAUUUUGGACGCUGUUACAUAAAUGAUCAACAUUCAACAGCAAUGUAUUAAGUCUAGAAUGAAUAUUUUAUGGUCUUAUCCGAGGCUUCUCUUGGAGCUUAAUCAGCUUAAAUUAAUGUUUUUAAAAUCAGGUCAUUGAGCGGAUGAAGGCACUGCAUCACAGUUCAUUGUUCUGGUAGUUGUUGAAUUGUAAUUGAA